GCCUUAUCACAAACUCAGCACAAGUUCCAAUUGAAUAUUUAUAGUUAUUAGCAUUUUCUAUUUUCUUAUGCAGAAGUGGCUUCUCUGUUUUCCAAUGCAUAUCGGAUACCGACAUAUUGACUAUAGUCAAGCGUGCGACACCAAGGAGGUAACAUAAUCGAGCUUUAAGGUGUUUGAUAUUUUAUCUCAUAGAGAUACAUGCCUGAACUUAAUGGCGCUCUGGUUUGCUUACUGUUUGUGUGGCCUCUGAUCUCCUAGGUGGGAACUGUUCUGACUUCUGAAAAAGCUUUUCGAUGAGGUGAAACAUUGUAUGAUAAUGAUUAAUGUAUAAUGACUAAAUUGGCAGAUUGAAGAGAAAAAGGAAGCUGCUGCUGAUUUAUAAUUCAACUACUCCAAGUUGUGAUGUCAUCUCAUGAAGGUAGUGAUCUACCACACUCCCCUUUAGGAACUUCUUGUUUCCAAACAUCUGUUGCUUAAUUGGCUGUAACAGAUUCAAGAGUGUCUUAGCUUCCGGAUGAGUUAUAGAUUAGGAUUCUGAAUAUGUUUUCCAAACAUCAUUGACUACAUCUGUCUUUUUGCUUUUGUAUUCAAAUGGUAGUAAAUGGCUUGUGGUACGAUUGCUUGUGGACUGUAGUUAAUGAAGCUUUCCAUUUGCUAUGCGGGGUGUGUAUGUUUUUCAGGAGAUAUCAGGAAUGCCAACUUCUUUGAAGAAAGAGCUCUCAGAUCAGAUGGCAAACUCACCUGAUGCGAUGGGUGAAACAUGUCAUGCUUGAUCCAUGUUCAGCAACCUCCUUGAGAAAAAUCGUGGUUUUGUUUCAGUAAAAUAGGUAAAAGAUGGUUGUGCUUCAAAUAUUUCAUUUUCUCUUAAGGUUCAUAUAGGGUGUAUAUCCUCUUCUAUACUUUCAUGGUCAUUCAAUCGACAUAGGUUGCAAGCUGCAGGGUAUGAGGACCAACGUACCUACUCUAUCCUAUUCAUUGAUGAGUGACAGGCUGCAGGACACGAGGACCAACUACCUGCUCUACUCUAUUUCAUUGGUGAGCUUUCAACUUCUCUAUUAGCAUGUUUGAGACAAUUUUUUUACUGAAUUAACACUACUAGGACACAAACUAAAUUUCUUUUGGAUAUUUAUUAUUAUAUGAUGAAGAGCAAGAGAGCUAGUCAUGAAUCUAUCUUGCUGACCCACUAUCUCUUUAAUUUGAAGGGACUCCUGAACUCUCACAUUCUACCAACCAAGCAGAAAGACACUAUUGUCAAUACUUCAUGAUGUUAGUGGAAUCAUCAAGCCAGGAAGGUUAGUACACCUGACUUGUCUCAAUACAAAUAAUAUAUGAACUAAGGGUUGUCAAUACAGAUACAAAACUGAAAGGGUUAGUGAAACUGGUUUUGUUUAGCCCUUUUUUUAAAAUUACUGUCCUAAUCCUUUACGAACCGGGUUUCCUCAUGCUUAGUAGCAAGUCAUUGAUGGUUGACAGUAGAAAUGCUUCUUCUGCUACUUAAUCGAGCUUGAUUAAUGAAUCUCGACCACAGUAAGCCCCAAACAAUAGAUGCUUUCGGUUUGUAACGAGCAUGUGAGAGUAGUCCAACUUAAUGGCUAUGUAACACAACCUGAUAAUACGUACAGAUUUUUGACUAAACUAUCUAGAAGAGAGAAAAUAACAAACAUCAAGCCAAUGUUGAUAUUGGUCUCUACAUGGAGGUGCUAAAGCAAAACAUUAAUCGAAAUAUUACGCCUAGUUGAUUAGUUCAUGCAGCCGUGAACUAACAAGCUGUAGCUCUUGGUGGAAUCUUGCAGGCAAUAGCAGUGGAAGGCUAAGUGAUGGUAAUGAGCAUGUGAGGUCAGCUUCCUUGUUUUUAAACUCUUCUUUUGACAGAGUGUUGUCAGUGGACCUCUUAGUGAGUGUUACAACAUCAUUUGUUUGGGGUCUCAUUUCUACGGACAACAGCUUAUCUUUUCCCCUUUUUUCUUCUCCCCAGACCCACCCUUUCAUCGAGGAAGUUCCAAGACAAAGACAUCAACUUGAAAUUUUAGUAAGUAGCCUACCACUGUUGCAGACCUAAUAACUUUAGUCUUGGAUGAAGUUUACCAAUAAGAAACUCUUUGGAAACUUCAUGACUUGCAGGUAAACUUUCUUCCCUCUCCCUUGAUGUUUAUGUGAACUCGGUACAAUUUGUAUCGCUGAAAUGCGAUUGUUACUACACAGGUCACUUGCUGAACACUUGGACUAUUCACUGCCACUGUCAAACUCACUGAUGCUGACGGGGAGGAGCAUCGCCUGCGCUGUAGGAACUGGUCCAAUAGAUUCCGCAUACAAAGCAGUUGAUCUCAUAGUAAAGGUUUGGAUUCAAAUCUUAUUCAUAAUUUUUUUCCACUAAGAACUUUCCACUAGAGGAAUGGUAUAGGAAGCAGAAAAGCAUAGACAGAUUAGUAGGGAUUGGCCAAAUGAACCCAAUGUUCUGCUCAUUAUUAGGUUAUUGAGAUUUCACUGGACUGUGGUUCUAAUUUUCCUAAAAGCUUUGACAUGAACGCCAUUAAUGACUGUUCAAUAUUUGCAUGUGUUACUGGGGAUGGUUGCAAGAAGGGGCGAUACUGAUGGACUAUGGAGUACUCCAUGAACGCUGACACAGAAGGGAUCAUUAGAUUAUUUUGAGUAGGCCAUGUAUCUUUGGAUUAUGUUUUGAAUAUUUAUGGUAGUUAGCUUUUUACCAUGUAAACAAUAUGAUGGAAUAUUAAUGGGUAUAGUGUACGGUAUUUGACUACUAUUGAGUAUUAAGUUAUACCAAGAAUGAUAUAUAUAUAUAUAAAUUAGCUAGCAACAAGUCUGAGAUUGUGUAUAGUGACCAAAGUACUGGAAACCAAUCUAUAGCCACCAAUCUGGGUGGUUCUCUUUGGUGACGGUUUUAUAUAGUUCAAUAUGUUAAUAAAUCUCUCUGUAGUGACGAUUAUUUUGGUUGCAAAUUGAUUUAGUGCCGAAUAAACCAAAGGUUUUAACCCUUGCUAGUUUAGCAACGAAUUUUGCAGGGGUUACAACCCCUGGUACAUACAUCUUAUAAUUGGAUUUUACAAUGACAUGUAGCAGGGGUUUCAACCCCUGCUACAACCCUUGGAUAGAACUUUCACUGUGGGUUGAUGAAAACCCUUACUACAUGUAGCAGGGGCAGCAUUGGUGAGGGUUGGUGCAGGGGUUGACAAAACCCUUGCUACAACUUGUAGCAGGGGUUAAAACCCUUGGCAUAGGCCCCUUUUUUUGUAGUGUAGCCAUCACAUACCCCUGCUCCAGCCCCAAUCCAUGGGGAAUGGAUAAUAGCGAAGCCUCAUAAUCGUAACCAAAAGAAGAAAGCGUCAUCGACCCAAGGGGGAAUGACACACCCUAUGGCGGAGCCUUCUAAAAUCCAGGCGAAGGAUGUAAAAGUGGUCUCGAGCUUCCGUUUCCAUGUUCUGGAUACUGAAGGCACUAACUUGGAUACCACUGUCAACUCUGGCCCAGCAACUAUGGAGGUACAAGCUAACCAACAGGAAAGCGAGAAGGUGCCUUCCCCUCCCCCACAUGGGGCCUCCCGUCGGAGAUGAGCCAUGCAGAGCCGGUUGCGCAAUGCAGCCCAUCGAAUAUCACCCACAUCGAGACAUUGGUCAAUGUCCCAGUGCAGCUUGUGAUGAUAGGAAAAAGAAAGCUGACUCCACCUAGCUCUCAGCGAACCGGGAUGACGUUGUCCACCCUGGCGGAUGGCAGUCAACGAGGGCCUAUAAUGGCUUAUCUAAAUAAAAAUCAGAAGAGUAAGUCGAAAACUGUGCCCGCGCAACCAACUCAAGAGAAGGGAAGGAAGAUUGUCCUGGGAAGGAAGAUGCUUCUGGGAACACACAAGCAGCACCGCUUGGAAUAGACUCUCAAUUUUUGGCUUGAACUGUGCCACAUUUUAAGUCUGUUUAUAUCUCUCCUUGGGAUUUUUUGCCCAAAAUUUCGUUUACCCUUUCCUAUGUUCAUUAAUGAAGUUCCAAUGACUUAAUAAAUUCAUAUAAAUCAC